AUGCCAGGCACUUCCUCCCCGCCUGUCGCUCCCGCCCGCCACGACAGCAGCAUGGCCGGUGCCGAGUUGCGGGCAGCGCUCGAGCAGAGGCUCGACGCCCUCGCCAUCCGCACGGAGGUGGUGGAGCACCCGGAGGUGUUUACUGUUGAAGAAAUGAUGCCUCACGUCCAACAUUUGAAAGGAGCACAUAGCAAGAACUUAUUUCUUAAAGACAAAAAGAAAAAAGGCUAUUGGCUGGUGACAGUUCUUCAUGACAGACAAGUUAAUUUAAAUGACCUUGCCAAGCAGUUAGGUGUCGGGAGUGGAAACCUGCGGUUUGCCGAUGAAACAGCCAUGCUAGAAAAGCUGAAGGUUGGCUCCGGCUGUGCCACACCCUUGGCACUCUUCUGUGAUGACGGAGAUGUGAAAUUUGUCCUGGAUUCUGCUUUUUUGGAAGGUGGGCAUGAAAAGGUAUACUUUCAUCCAAUGACCAACACUGCAACCAUGGGGUUGAGCCCUGAAGACUUCCUUACAUUUGUGAAGAAGACAGGACAUGAUCCCAUAAUACUGCAUUUUGAUAAAAACUAA